AUGAAGCUUGAUGUGAAUGUGUUGAGGUAUCUGUCCAAAGAUGAUUUUCGAGUUCUCACUGCGGUCGAGAUGGGAAUGCGAAACCAUGAGAUUGUUCCUUGUGAGCUCGUGGAGCGCAUUGCUGGUCUAAAACAUGGAGGCACAUACAAAGUGCUGAAGAACUUGCUCAAAUAUAAGCUUUUGCAUCACGACAGCUCUAAAUAUGAUGGAUUCCGACUCACCUAUCUGGGUUACGACUUUCUUGCCAUUAAAACAUUGGUUAACCGUGGUGUAUUUACCGGUGUUGGUCGUCAGAUUGGGGUUGGUAAAGAGUCAGAUAUAUUUGAGGUUGCUCAGGAAGAUGGAACUAUUCUGGCAAUGAAGUUACAUCGACUAGGAAGAACCUCCUUUAGGGCUGUCAAAUCUAAGCGUGACUACUUGAGGCAUCGCAGUAGUUUCAGCUGGUUGUAUCUCUCUCGUCUUGCAGCUCUCAAGGAGUUUGCUUUUAUGAAGGCUUUGCAAGAACAUGACUUUCCGGUUCCAAAAGCUAUUGACUGCAAUAGGCACUGUGUUAUCAUGUCCCUUGUGCCAGGCUACCCCAUGGUUCAGGUGAAGCAAUUACAGAACCCUGAGACAAUUUUCGAGAAGAUCAUUGGCAUUGUUGUUCGUUUGGCUGAGCAUGGUCUAAUUCAUUGCGACUUUAAUGAAUUCAACAUCAUGAUUGAUGAUGAAGAGAACAUUACGAUGAUCGACUUUCCACAAAUGGUAUCUGUUUCACACCAAAAUGCACAAAUGUACUUUGACCGUGAUAUUGAAUGCAUCUUCAAGUUUUUCAGAAAAAGGUUUAAUAUGUCUUUCCAAGAAGAUAGAGAUGAGUCAGAUGAGACAGAGGUGGAAAUCGAUGAGAACAGCAGACCAUCUUUCUAUGAUAUAACUAAAGAUGCUAAUGCCCUGGAUAGAGAACUAGAAGCUAGUGGGUUCACAAAAAAGGAGCAGAAUGACCUCGAUAAAUUUAUUGAAGGUGGGCUAGAGAAGAGUAAAGAUUCCGAUGAGGAUGAGGAAUCUGAUAAUGAAGAGCAGACUUGUGAAUCAACUGAAGAAGAAAACCUAAAUGAAAUGAAAUCAUUAGAGGUGCAAGAGAAGGAGAAGAAUAGUCCAGAUGGUGUUGAGGCAGAAGUUGAGUUGGAUAAUACUGAGAAAGGUGAAAAUAUCGAAGAUAAAGCCGAAGUUGGAAGCGAUGAGGAGGAGAAAGAAGAGGAUGAUGCAGAGCUGGUUAGAAAAUUGGGAAAGCAAAGACGCAGAGCCAUGGCUGCAGCCAGGGGAGGUCGAAAGUCGCAGUCUUCGAGAAACACUUAUAAGGACAAAGGAGGCCGCUCCCAAAACUCCAAGAUCCACAACAACACGAGCGGCUGGCCGACCAAAUCUGCUCCGUGUUCACCUGCAAAGCCACUCGGUAUCUCCCGAACUCGGUCUGAAUCGUUUCAUGCUAUCCACAAGGUUCCUAUUGGAGACAGUCCUUAUGUUAGGGCCAAAAAUGUUCAGUUAGUGGAGAAGGAUCCAGAGAGAGCAAUUCCUCUGUUUUGGAAGGCCAUUAAUGCUGGAGAUAGAGUGGACAGUGCUUUGAAAGACAUGGCUAUUGUGAUGAAGCAGCAAGACAGAGCCGAAGAAGCCAUUGAAGCUAUUAAAUCUCUGAGAGUUAGAUGCUCAGAUCAAGCACAGGAAUCGCUUGACAAUAUCCUCUUAGAUCUCUACAAGAGAUGUGGGAGAUUAGAUGAUCAGAUUGGACUAUUGAAACACAAACUCUUCUUGAUACAGAAAGGUCUCGCCUUUAAUGGUAAACGAACCAAGACCGCUAGAUCUCAAGGCAAGAAGUUUCAGGUCUCUGUGGAACAAGAAGCCACUCGGUUACUGGGAAACUUGGGAUGGGCUCUGAUGCAAAGAGACAACUUUGUGGAAGCUGAAGAUGCAUACAGGAGAGCUUUAUCAAUCGCACCAGACAACAACAAGAUGUGUAAUCUUGGUAUCUGUCUUAUGAAGCAAGGAAGGAUCGACGAGGCGAAAGAGACUUUACGGCGCGUGAAACCCGCGGUUGUGGAUGGUCCUAGAGGAGUGGAUUCACAUCUAAAAGCUUACGAGAGAGCGCAACAGAUGCUCAAUGAUCUUGGAUCAGAGAUGAUGAGAAGAGGAGGUGAUGAUAAAGUUGAGCAGAGAAGGCUUUUCGAUGCGAUGUUCGGGUCUUCUUCGAUAUGGCAGCCUCAGCCUUGUAGAGAACAAACCGUGAAACCCAAACCGAAACCGGAUUUGAGCAAUGAUGGGUAUGGUGAUGAGAACGUGAAGAAGAGUGUGAAUGUAGUAAUAAACCCAUUAAGGGUUGAUGCAAAACCGUUCUUUUCUUCCAAGUUGAUCAUCAAUAACGAGAAGCUGAAGAGGACUAGAUCGUCGAGUCAAGGGAUGGGAGUAUUGAGUGGUGGUGAUGGUGAUGAGGGAGAGACAAACACGAAGAGAAGAUUGUCAAUGGAGAAGAAAGCAAUAGAUUGUGGAUUACCAGACAAUAAGGAGUUUGAAGAAGCAAUGAUUAUGGCUGUUUUAGGGACUGAAGUUACUACUAAAGUGGACAAGAAGAGGCUUAAGGUUUUUCAGGAUAUCACUUUGUCCUCGCUUAGCCCAAGAGCAUGA